CAAACAUCGUCAUCAUGUCAGAAACGCAAUUGCUGGAUCUCCCAGUAGACAUUCUGUAUCUGAUUUUUCCCUAUCUCGAUGUCACCAGCUUCGUGGCAUUAACAUCAACUUGCACAGCACUGCACCAACCUGACAUUGCGCAAUAUGCCCCAUACUGGAGCUCAGCCGCGCGCAGCACUUUCCGCGUGCCAAAUCAACCAGUCGUCGAGAAUGACGGUGUGAGAUGGCAAAAGAUGUAUCGUCGCCUACUGACGGAGUCUCGCUGCUUCACCUGGGGCAACAAUGACGAGACCUGUCUUGGCCAUGGACACCAGCAGCAUAUGGGAUCACCUUUCGGCCGAGGUGGUAUUGGACCUGCCGGACGCCGAAGACCCAUCGUUCGUGCGAGACAGCAUGUAUCAUGGCCUACUGAGAUGGAGGGUAUCGAGAAGCUGGGCAUCAUCGCCGACAUGCAAUGCGGUGGUUGGUCCACCAACCUGCUGACAUCCAAGGGCGGCUUGUACGGCGUUGGAGUUAUGGACGGUCAGGCACGCAACCAGCCUGCAAAGCCGAGACCCUCACCACUUCGUUAUCCUGCAGGCUUGCCUCAUCCUAGUGAACGCUACGAGCCAGCAUCUGCCAUCAAGCAGUUCUCUGCCGGACGUUACCAUGUCCUCGCUCUGUCCGAUGCUGGAUACAUCUGGUCUUGGAGCCACAUGAACAUGCCUGCACUCCAAGUCAAGUUUCUUAAUUUUGAAUUGACAGUGAGAGAGAACCAUUCUUCAUCGACUCCCGGCUACGUCAAAAAAGUCGUUGCCGGCUGGUCAAAGAGUGCUGCUUUGAUAGUCGGUAGCGGUAUCGUUGUCUGGGAACCUAUCAAACGUAAUGCGCGCCAGCCAGAAGGCGAAGAGGACGCUGUGCUCGUUAUGGAAACCGCAAUCUGCCCUGGUACCGACUUCCAGCGAUCCGUCACAUCAUUCGAACCGUCGCCUGCAAGUAUCGACAUCGGUGAAGUCCAGAACUUUAUCUGUCUCGAGGAGUACAUCCUGUUCAACACGCACCUUGGUAAAGUGUACGCCGCCAGUAUUGUCUGGAACGCACAAAGCAAGGCAGUGUCCGAUGUCAGAGAGGUCCCCCUUGGAACAGACGGUGAAACCAAGUUUGCUACAGACGUCCAAGGGUCGUUCCGGUCGUUCGCAAUCUUCACAAAUGAUGGUACUGUCUACACCGGUGAUCUGGGCGAACAUUUGCAUGGCCUUUUCCGAACCACAAUGAGGCCUCUCGAUCGCAUACAUGCCCUCCAGCAGACUCAGGUCAUCUCCAUUGCAUUCGGCGACUACCACUUCCACGCACUUCAUGCACCCGGCUAUAUCACGUCUUAUGGUACCGAGCCUCAAAGCUGCGGUAGUCUAGGCCUUGGUGGUCACGGAAAUCCUGAAGGACAGAUUCGUGGACUUCGCUACCAGGGCGUAUCUGGAGAUGGACGCCUGGUUCCACACGCGUCCCUUCAUGGGCGCAGGAUUUGGUUUGAGAAGGAGAAGCAGAAGUGGAUUGCUUUCAUUACAAGCGGAGGUCGAGACCCUGAAGAGGCCAAGGAACGUAUGCGCAUGCUCUCGGAAGUCAACGUCCAAGGCGAGGUCAGUGAAUGGUUUGAACAAGAAGGCAACGCUUGGGAGCAAAGGUUCGGUGGUGACAACACGCAGAGUGAGGACGACCUUGGCACAUACUUUGCGCUCAGUGUCACCGCGGCCGGGUGGCACUCUGGCGCUCUGGUGCUUGUCAACGAGAACAAGGCGAACAAGAUUCGUGAGGCAUGUCUGCAGGAUCCCGUCGAAGCACCUGAGGGUAAAACCGCUAUGGGCGAAAAGGCAUCUGGUCAGGAAGAGCAAGCUAACAAUCGUGGGUUUCUCAACCGCGCAUUCGACUACGCAGGCGAUAUCAUAAAUUGGUUCAAUGGCUCACCUCGUACAGAUACCGAAGGACCUGGCUUCCGCGACCCUAACAACCCAGAUGCCUUUGUCAAUCCGCAGAACCACGGCGCCGUAGCUGAGGAUGGUCGUGCAUAUGUCUGGUCUCAAGACUCGUUCCCUCGUCUGAGGCUUGCAAACGGUCAGGAGAUGCCUGGAGAAGUUGAAUUCUCGGAGUGGAGAUUGGGCCGUCCGGAGUGGCAGGGUCGAGUCGAAGGAGUAUAGGUUAAGCGAGGGCGACGAUCAGAUCAACGAUUGACGGCCAUUGAUGAUUGAAUGACAUGACGAUGGAAGAUGACUAUUACUGCUCCCUAGAAAACGAAAGGCGUAUCCUUUGCCUAUAGCAGGUCAGGUUUCAGAAUGACAACCCCAGCUUAAAUUUGCCUCAUUGGCGCCUCUGAAGUAGCAAAAAUCGUACAUUUCUACAAUUACACG